AUGGGAGUCCUGGGUCUUACCCCAUUUUUGCAGAAAACCUGCCCGGAAGUUAUCAGAAAACUUCCAGACCGCCUCAGAUCUCUCUGCGGUAAGACCAUUGUCAUUGAUGGCACCCUUAUAACCCAGCGUCUUCACUUCGCACCGAUGCCUCAUCCGCAUAGACACGUCCUCGGGUGGCAUCGCAUAAUCACGGAACUUAAAGAGUGUAAUGUGCAUGCAAUUUGCGUAUUUGAUGGUAGGGACCGCAACAUUGCCAAAGCUCGAGAGGUAGAACGACGCAGGGAAAUACGGAGACUGGAUGCAGCUCGUUCAUCCAUUGAGGUGGAGAGACUGAGCAGACUUCGUAAAUUGAUGCGAUUGCUACCGCAAUAUCAUUCCAUGGAACCACCAGACCGUCGGCGCGUCACCAACGCGUUACAACACGUAGUAGUGGCUCCAAAGACCAUCCCUACAUACCUCCAGCCUUCUCUGUCAUCAUCGGAUAUCCUUCAGAAUGAUGUGAACUCAGUUACAACUUGCUCUCAGACUCGUCUACUUGGUGCUUCUGAAUUUGAGCAAGUCUGCAAUGUUCAACCAUCCCAAUCGGAGGCAGAUACCCUUUUGGCAAUGUACGAUCUUGUUAACAUGUCGGAUGCAGACAUGAAAGAGAUUCUUCUCGCUCGUACAGGUCAAUCAGUUGCCGUCAUCCCAUCUGGUGAUCCCAAGUCAUGGCCAGACUAUAUAAAUAAUUCGACGUUGGAUCCGGGUGCUUCCCUUGUUGAAGGCGUAUCCAACCUUCGAGUGCAAGACCUCCUUCCUGGCCCAUGCAUCAUGCAAGGUGAACUUCGAGAAGCUGAUUUUCAAACCUCUCAGGACGUGGUUUUCGCCACUGUCGUGGAUUCCGUACCUCCAGCAGAGGAUGUGAUUUCUGCGCUCUCCUCCCUAUAUCAAGAAUAUCACGACUGCGUCGCACAGAUUACCUCAUUACCCUCUACUGUGGAAGUUCCAGAGUCGCCAGACGAAACCCGCACCGAGUACAUCAUGUCCAGGUCCCAACUUCAAAUGUCAAUAGAGGAGGGUCAGAUAUGGGAUACACUUGCAGACGCUCCUGAAACUACCCUUGCAACGCUGGCUGAAAAGAGUGGUGCUCUUUCCGAGUCUUACGCUCGCCGAGCGAGUCCUCCCACCACCCAGACUUACGAGGAGAGCAAGGAGAUACUGCGCGCCAUGGGUGUGCCGUGCAUCGAAUCAGAGGGACCCUUUGAAGCAGAGGCUCUCGCAUCCUCACUUGUUAUCCAUGGCAUAGCUGAUUAUGUUGCAAGCGAAGAUACGGAUGUCCUCGUCUACGAGGCUCCCCUCAUUCGAAAUAUCGCCAAUAGAAAUGAUCCACUAAUCCUUGUUCAUGGGUCCCACGUUCGUACUGCUCUCCAACUCUCCAAAUCCGCAUAUAUCGACUUCCUCUUGCUCCUCGGCACGGACUUCUCGCAACGGAUCAAGAACGUUGGUCCUCAGCGCGCACUCAAGUUCAUCCGCGAACAUGGGAGCAUCGAGCGUGUAAUCACACAAGAACACAAGUACCCGCCGCGGCUCUCCAAACAGUUGUACUUAGAACAAGUAGGCAUCGCUCGGCUUGCAUUCGCAACACUGCCCCCUAUUCCAGACCCUGAAACCCUGAAGCAGCACAAUGUAAACCACGCGAAGGUUGCAGCCAUUGUACAAAAGUAUGGAUUACAGAGGGUGCUGCCUGAUCAGCGGAAUUACAGUACUGCGUUGGAGGGUAAUUAUUUUGCUGACAAUCCCAGGGCAAAGUAG